GCUCGAAGUAGUGGGGCCGGGGGCUAGGGCGGGGCCAGGCGGGCGCCCGAGCUCGGGAGGGGCGGCGGCGGCGGGGAGCCGCGGGGCCAGGGCCGCGGGCGGCCCCGGGGGCAGCAGUGCGGCCGGGUGCAGAGGGGACAGUGGUGGACGCGGCCCUUUGGCCUCUGCACACUCCCCAGAGCAGCGGCGGCCUUGGUGUCGGCCGAGGACGCGGGGCGCCCGGGAGAGGAAGCGACACAGUGCCUGCUGCAGGACGCGGAGUGGCGGCCGGCCCGGCGCGGGAACUGUUGGCGAGAGGAAGUGGAGGGGCUGUGGGAUGCGAGAGCCGAGGGCUGACUCCCAGACAGCGGAACCCUGAGAGCUGCCGACAGGCACGCGCCUCUCCCCCCUGAGCCCCUCUUUCUUCGCCCCCUGUCGGCAGCCGGAGCAGUGCCCCCAGCAUGAGCAGUGCGGCCCCUGCGAAGAAGCCCUACCGCAAGGCCCCGCCCGAGCACCGGGAGUUACGGCCGGAAGUUCCUGGGGCCCGGCUCGAGCAAGAGGAGGCCCUGACUGACGCGGAGAGGAUGAGGCUCUUGCAGCAGGAGAAUGAGGAGCUACGCCGGCGCCUGGCCUCCGCCACCAGGCGCACCGAGGCCCUAGAGCGCGAGCUGGAGAUCGGGCAGGACUGCCUGGAGCUGGAGCUGGGCCAGAGCCGAGAGGAGCUGGACAAGUUCAAGGACAAGUUCCGCAGGCUGCAGAACAGCUACACGGCUUCGCAGCGCACCAACCAGGAGCUGGAGGACAAGCUGCACACACUGGCCUCUCUUAGCCACAGCUGGAUCUUUGCAAUCAAGAAGGCGGAGAUGGACAGGAAGACGCUGGACUGGGAGAUCGUGGAGCUGACCAACAAGCUCCUGGAGGCCAGGAACACCAUCAACAAACUGGAGGAGCUCAAUGAGCGAUACCGGCUGGACUGCAACCUGGCCGUGCAGCUGCUCAAGUGUAACAAGUCCCAUUUCCGGAACCACAAGUUUGCCGAUCUGCCCUGUGAGCUGCAGGACAUGGUUCGGAAGCAUCUGCACACUGGCCAGGAGGCAGCCAGCCCAGGCCCUGCCAGCAGCCCAGCCCCAGGGGCUGUGGUGCCCACGUCGGUCAUCGCCCGGGUGCUGGAGAAGCCUGAGUCUCUGCUGCUCAAUUCGGCCCAGUCGGGCAGCGCCGGGCAGCCCUUGGCCGAGGAUGUCUUUGUGCACGUGGACAUGAGUGGGGGCGCCCCGGGGGACCCAGCCUCGCCCCCCGCCCCUGGCAGCCCCGCCCCCCAGCCCAACGGGGAGUGCCGUUCUCUGGGCCCCGCCGGGGCGUCCUCAGAAGAGGAGCUGCCUGUGCCAGCCUGUGAAAAGCUAAGCCCCUACCCAACCCCGUCCCCGCCACACCCGCUGUACCCCGGCCGCAAGGUGAUCGAGUUCUCUGAGGAGAAGGUGCGCGUGCCCCGCAACAGCCCACUGCCCAACUGCACCUACGCCACCCGCCAGGCCAUCUCCCUGAGCCUGGUGGGCGACGGCGCCGAGCAGGCCCGGCCCGCCCCAGGGCCCAGCAGCGGCCCCGCCUCGGCCCAGUCCUCACCCCACCACCAGCCCAGCCCUGGCCCUGCCACACUCAGUGCCCCGGCCAGCUCGGCCAGCUCCGAGGAGGACCUGCUGGCCAGCUGGCAGCGGGCGUUCGUGGACCGCACCCCGCCGCCGGCCGCCGUGGCCCAGCGCACUGCCUUUGGCCGGGACGCGCUCCCGGAGCUGCAGCGCCACUUUGCCUCCAGCCCUGCCCACGGGGACGAGGAGGUGGACGCGUCUCCCCUGCCCCCCAAGACUGGGCUCAUUUCCCCGCGAACAGAGACCGCGGCCCCCGGCUUUCCCGGGGAGGACGACUCGGAAGAGCUGAACCUGCCCAUGAGCCCCGAGGAGGAGCGCCAGAGCCUGCUGCCCAGUGAUGGCUGUGGCAACACUGACCAGGGGCCGGGCACCGCCUCCGCUGACACUCCAGCCUGGCCGCGCCCCGGCCCUAGCCGCCCCCCACGCAGCCCUAAGAGGAUGGGGGUGCAUCACCUGCACCGCAAGGACAGCUUGACCCAGGCCCAGGAGCAGGGCAACCUGCUCAACUAGUGCCCGCUGCCCCGAGGACGCCCUGACCACAGGGCUUGCCCCUCCCCCCCGCGGCUGCGGCUCCAGGCCCUUCCUCCUCACUGCCCAGGGCAGCAUCCCCCCUCAGCCACGCAUUCCUGUGGGGGGCUCUCCUGUUUGUUUUUUGGGGGUCAUUGAUCUCCAGUUUGUAUUUCCCACGUGUUCCCCCUCCCAGACACCUGUGCACGUGCUGUGGCCUUCCGGGGCCCAGGGUGGCCCUGGGGGAGCGGGAGGCGUCUACUCAGGGCUCUCCUUGGCGCUUCCUUCCUCCCGCUGGAAGGGAGUGGAGGGGGGCACACCAGGGCCUCACGCACUUCUCCGGGAGGCCUGGCCCCCUCUCCUACUCGGCUCUAGACUGUUACACCCAGCCUCGGGGAAAUUUUCACAUCAAUGACUAUUUUAAAAUGAAAUAAAACUAUUUUACCUGUAUGA